AUGUCCAAACUCUGUUCUAUUUACCUUGUCAUCUCUCAAGGCAGGGUGCCGGACCUCUUCACCUCUUCUACAGAGUACUCCCUUUCGGUUGAGUGGAUUGCACAUGGCUGGGCGCCUCGAACAAAUGAACUCUGCCAGAAACAAACCCCUCGGAGCCACUUCCCCGCGUCCCUCUUCUCCAACAUUGGGUUUGCGCUAGGGUACCUUAGGUGCUUAGGUAUUAGUUCAGUGACGCCCAGUUCUGGGGUAACGCACUUGGUGGGACUGCGUGACACCCCUAGAUCCAUUUUCGCUUCGCCUCGCAUGAAAAAGCAUCUGCCGGCUGUUCGUUUCGGGAUCUGGUGGGACAAGGGAGAGAGUCAAGACUGGGGGAAGCUUGGAGCUCGGGUGCUCGGUCAAGCAGCAGCAGUGAAGCACGGCAGAUCGGUAAAAACCCCAAACGCAACAACCCCCAAAACUGCUUCUCCAAAGGUGUCUUUUGUGUUUAUCUUUGAAGUCCGACUCCGUGACCUCGGUAAGCUGGCCGCCACCUUGGUAUUUGGGUUCCCCAACGCUCCCCUAGGAUCCAGCUCCAUAUCUCGGGUUUGA